GAAUCUGCAGGAGUAAGUAAUGCGAUUAAUGCGGUAUUCCAUUUGAUAUUUGCCAAUUGAAGUAACAGCAUUUUUAAAGAACUAACUUAAGCGUAUUGUAUAAAAUCCUUUCGAAAAUUUUCGACUUUUUGAAUUCGUACUACACGCUUUUUGCUACUUAAAAUGUAAUGUAAAAUACUCUGAGUCUACAAAAUUAGGAAGUUUUUAUUGGGCUUUUUUGUUUGAAAACUUCCAUUCCAUAAAAGGAAUCUAGUGUUUUAAAAUAUUUCAAGUUUCGGUGCUUACAGCCAACUUAAGCAUGGUUUUCUGGAUGGUUUUGUAUCACACACUGAGGCACAAUCAAAAAAUAUUCAAAACUGUAGUCCGUUACGCGAAGUGCUCCUCUUGGCAGUGGCAAACUGAAUGUGGCUCUGCGUUCGGGACCAGAUUCGAUUUAUACCCGGUUUGGGCCAAAGCCAACCUGUAGCUGUAGCUACAUAGUUGUGGCAAGCGAAAUGUGAAAUGUGCAACAGCAGCCACAAUGGUAACACACGGCAACGAACUUCAGUCUGUUGUUGUAAUUUAUGACCGCUGCCUGCCACAAUUGUUUGGAAAAUUUGGAAAAUAGGUGCGUGCGAUAGUGGUUCAAUUAAAGCGGAUUACGUAUACGGCAUGUGGCCUUUGCUGCGGCCGCGGCCAGUUUCCUGCGCAGGAGAAACCAAAACCCGUUGUCAAUCAACGGGUUAACAACCAUUCAGCUGGAAAACCAGUCGUCGUUGAAAAUUCGAUGCAAGUGCAAGGCGAUUAGACGGUCAUAGAUAGCCAAAUGGAAAAACUCACAAAACGGGAAGAGAGGUUCAUUGUAAUAGAUCAAUUUUGAUGACCCUCGAAUUCUGGCCUUUAUCAAUAGUGAUAGCUGCACCUGAAUUCCCAGGAUAAACCAGCUAUCGAAGUUAUCAGUCUUGCCUAUCAUUGCCCCAAUCCUGACGAUUGCCACCGAUAGACAACUCUCCGAUUGCGCUUGACAGCUCGGCUGGAUGGGCCAAUCCCUGAUGAUUAAUGAUGGGCGAAUGAUGGAUUCAGAUGAAGAGAAGGGCUUUUCGCAAUCUCCCAUGCAAGCUGCACGCUGCAAGUGCCGGGUGAAAGGUGCGUCCACUCCGAUCGAUAAACGAACGGAGUAGCAAUUAAAAUACAGUACAUUACCAUUAGAUAAUGACUUCGGCGGCAGGUUAACGACUCCCACUUGGGAAGCUCGCGAAUUGUAUAGCCCAAAACCCAAUUCGUUCCGAAUGCCACAAUAUACGUACAACUUGGAGCGAUUUAGUGGGUUAGUGUGCUCUGGGCGGGCACGAAAUGGCGCUGUGCACUGUGUGCACAUAUAAUCGAUUUGAAAAGUAAAAGUAAACUGCUUUCCCAGUCGCACGAUUUGCAUAACAGCCACAACGCCACCCCACUCCAGUCUGCAAAGCCCAUGUCCGACAUGCACCCGACAUGUCGAGCAGUUUUAAUUAUCAAUCUGGCAAUAAAUCUCCUUAUAUAACGCCCAAAUUGACAGGAAGCGCCCGUCCAGUCUGCAACUCAAAAUCGAAGGAACAGCGCCUUUGCUCCGUCCAUCGGCUCAGGAAUCCAGUUAAGGUUUUCGAAGUUUUCGGCUUCUUUCGAAGAUUCUGCGUGCAUCACUGGUUUCGAAACAAUCGAUAGAUGGCGCGCUUGCGCAGACCUAACUGUACAUCAAGGCGUUCGCGGAUUACGCUUUUCGAGAUCUGCGCACUCGAGAUGGAACUGGGCGACUCCAAGCUGCGUGCGGUCCGGGUGCUGGGACAGGGCACCUUUGGCCGAGUGUUCCUCUGCCAUCAGAACGAGGUGCGCGGGCAGCCGGACAGGAAGGUGUGCGUGAAGCGGAUCAUCGUCCGGAAUCCCAAGACAGAGCUGGGUCUGAUCAAGGAAGAGGUGUACAUCAUCUCGCAGCUGCGCCAUCCGCACAUCGUCGAGUUCCUCCGCUCCUUCAGCCACGCUGGCACGGUGAACAUCGUGAUGGAGUACGUGCCCAACGGAACCUUGAGAGAUGUCAUCCAGCAGCUGCCUCCGGGCACUGGGGGUGUCCGUCAGGAGCGGCUGUUGCGCUACUUCCGCGACAUGGUAGUGGGGCUCGAAUACCUGCACAUUCGCUGCGUCAUCCACCGGGACAUCAAGCCCGAGAACAUGCUCCUCGACGCCAACGACCGCGUCAAGAUCGCCGACUUCGGAAUCGCGAACGUCCAUGCGCCCAGCACCCAACUGCGGGCGGGCAUGGGCACGCCCAUGUACAUGGCCCCGGAGGCGAUGUCUAGCCAGGGCAAGGUGGACUUCAAGUCGGAUGUGUGGUCGCUGGGGCUGGUCCUCUACGAGCUGUGUCUCGGACGCAGCCCCUUUGCCGCGUUUCUCGACAAGAACGCCACCCCUGCCGUACUGCAGACUGUAGUCCAGACGCUGGUCCGUCCCCGGCUCGACUGCCAGCUCAUCCGGCGUCUCUACGAUCCGGUGUGGGCGCAGGUUUGCGAACUGAUGGUCGUCUACGAGCAGGAGCGCCGUAUCUGCCUGCCGGACAUCUUCCACCUCGACGCCGCAAUGACUGUGACUCUCUACCAGCAAUACUUCAGCUACAGCUACUAACCGAGGCCAAUGGUCAGCUGAGCUGCGUGGGAAAACCUCAACAAAUAUUUAAUUGUACUUUUAGAACUACCCUAGCUUAAGUUUUGUGUGCCCUUUCCUUCAUUUUUCCAAAACAGUCUCACUCAAUGUCAUAAACGUAGUCUUUAAUUUA